AUGGGUUCCAGCAGCAAACAAGUCACCAAUUCACUAGCGGGUGACGAUGAUCUACUUCCUGAAUCCUCUGCAUCUUCGCCGAGUUCUGUCUCCGGCUUUCUUCGCGGUGCGUCAGAGGACACAGCCAUAUCAACAGACACGGCAUCGCCUUCGCUAUCGAUAGACAAUCCCUCGUCAGCGUCCACGCACUCGAAGUCAUUUGCAGCGAAGGGGAAGCGCAAACGCUCUCGCGUGACUCCAGAACAACUCUCCCAUCUGGAGCGUUUCUUCGCGUCUGACAGGAGUCCUACGGCUGCCCGGCGGAAGGAGAUCAGUGGUCUUCUUGGGAUGCAUGAGCGACAGACACAGAUCUGGUUUCAGAACAGGCGAGCAAAGGCAAAGCUGCAGGACGUAAAAAUAAAAGGAAGGGCCGGUCUGUCUGAUCCACCACCCGACACGCCGCCGGAGCUGUGCUCAGGCUUCGACAUAGAUCUUUAUAAUCUGAUUCACGAGGAUGAACCCGUUACUAUCAUUCCAUGUACCGACUUGUCCAUUGGUACAUGGCGCCGUGUGGCGUCGACUGUGAGCAAGCACGAUCUCGUGGGGUACGUGUGCCAGGCGAAACGAUGCAUCACUUGGUUCAUCUACUCUUCUGGGUUGGGCUUCAAGAUUGAGAUUAGUUUCGACAUCGUCGUCGAUACCGAGUUCACGAACGUAUCCCCAGGUGUUGCCCUUGCUGCAUUAAAGUUGUCACAGCCGCCAGCUUUCUACUUAGAGCAUUCCGCAUCCUCUGGCGUCAACAGCAGCUCGGUACGCUACUGGAAACGAUGUGCCGAUUGGACGGAGGGAAUGCAGGCAACCAGAGUCCUUCGCCAUGAAGUAAUUGGAUCGGAGAUGCAGUUGUCUCACAUAAUACGGAAUUUCAGCCCGAACGGAACUGUUGCAGAGGUCUCGCUAUAUUCACUGCCCCAGCGUGCAGAGGCAUCGCCUGUGCUCCACCCUACUUCUUCGCUUCCACUAGCACACGAGGAUCACUGCCGCGACGACAUGUCACAAUACGACGCGCAGUAUCCGAAUGGCAGUCGACAACGACUAUUGGCUGCAGGCCCUAGCCACCCCCUCCAAAAUUUCAUUACUGCGCCGGCCGGCUGCUCACCUCCCUAUCCUGCCGACCUUCCUUACCCGCAUGUAGUCAGAACAUUUCCACCAAUGCAUCUGCCUUCCUCUUACAACAUGUGCGACGGCGAUCGCAAGCCGCCACACUACGCCCUGCAAUUCGAGCCACACCUCGGAUUUCCACGUCGCAUGUCUUCUUUUCCGCAUUCCCAUGCGCCGAUACCUCAGUAUCCAUCUGCCUGCACGAACGAUUCCAGCCCUCGUUCCGUAUCUCCUUACGAGUGCCCAAACGACCUGGUCUCAUCCGCAUCGACUUCACACUCGUCGUUCGAUGCGCCAUCGUGA